CACCAGCAGGAGCCAGAGAAUGGAGCUGUGGCUAGGGCAGCAGGGCUAGGCACCAGGGUUCCAGGGAGGGGGCAGAGUCCAGCUUAGCUCAUACGUAGAGCUGAUAGCAGUCGUUAGGGGAGAGGGCAAGGGUUAGGACCCAGGGCACUGGGAGCCCAGGGCCAGGAGGCAAGCUCCGUGUUUGGUGCUUGGAGGAAGCCCCGCCUGGCACCAUGGCCUUCCUGGUGGCUGGGACCCUGCGGGUGGCCACGCAGAUGGCAGAUACUCAAGACAGCCUGGGGAGAAAGGGAAGGUACAACGUGCAGGGUCCAAGGGCAGCCCUGAUGCUCAGCAGCCCUGGGGUGGCAGCCGCUGCAGUAACUGCCCUGAAGGAUGUGUUCCAGGCCCUGGGCUUUGAGAGCUUCGAGAGCAGGGAGGUCCCGGUCCAGGGCUUCCUUGAGGAGCUGGCUUGGUUUCGGGAGCAGCUGGAUGCCCACGGGCGCCUUGUGGGGUGUGCCCUAGUGGCCUUGGUGGCCCCCAGAGGGCAGCUAUGGCAGCCACAGCAGCUGGUCCGGGAGCUGAGCAGCUGUGGGGUCCUUCAGGGCUGCCCCAAAGUCUUUCUGCUGCUCCCGAGUGGCCCUGGUGGUGAGUGGGCUGGGCAGGGACACAGAGGCUGGGCAGGGGAGCCUCAGGCCUCACUCCAGGCCAAUACAGUGCUUCUCCACCCAGCCACCCUGGAGCCCGAAGCCUUCCUCGAUGGCCUGAGAGAGCUCUGUAGCCACUGUCCUCACUGGUCCCUGGUGCAGCUGCUGACAGAGCUCUUCCACAGGGUGGCUGAAGAGUCCACGGGGGGCACCUGCUGCCCUGUUCUUCAGAGCUCCUUGCGGGGGGCACUGUGCCUGGGAGGCGUGGAGCCCUGGAGGCCCGAGCCGGCCCCCGGUCCCAGCACUCAGUAUGACCUGUCCAAGACCAGGGCUGCCCUCCUCCUGGCUGUGAUCCAAGGCCGGCCUGGGGCCCAGCACGAUGUGGAGGCGCUGGGGGACCUGUGCCGCGCCCUGGGCUUUGAGACCACUGUGAGGACGGACCCUACAGCCCAGGCUUUCCAGGAGGAGAUAGCCCAGUUCCGGGAGCAGCUAGACACCUGCAGGGGCCCUGUGAGCUGUGCCCUUGUGGCCCUGAUGGCCCAUGGGGAACCACGGGGUCAGCUGCUGGGGGCUGAUGGGCAAGAGGUGCAGCCCGAGGCACUGAUGCAGGAGCUGAGCUGCUGUCCAGUGCUGCGGGGGCAUCCCAAGAUCUUCCUGCUGCAGGCCUGCCGUGGGGGAAACAGGGAUGCUGGUGUGGGGCCCAUAGCUCUCCCCUGGUACCGGCGCUGGCUGCGGACACCUCCAUCUGUCCCCUCCCAUGCAGAUGUCCUGCAGAUCUACGCUGAGGCCCAAGACAGCUCCGGCAAGGGCCCUGCUUCAGGAAGCUCCCACCAGGCAGACAUCCUGACGGUCUAUGCAGCCGCUGAGGGCUAUGUGGCCUAUCGGGAUGAGAAGGGCUCAGACUUUAUCCAGACCCUGGUGGAGGUCCUCAGAGCCAACCCCGGGAGAGACCUUCUGGAGGUGCUGACUGAGGUCAACAGGCGGGUGUGUGAGCAGGAUGUGCUGGGCCCCGACUGCGAUGAACCCCGAAAGGCCUGCCUGGAGAUCUGCAGCUCGCUCCGGCGCCGGCUCUGCCUCCAGGCCUGACAGCGCCGCGGCCACCCGGGGGCUGCAGAGACCACCACUGCUGCCUCCCUCCGCCACCCACCCCGAGGUUUCCUCAUCUGAGAGCGAGGCGUGGCAGUGUGGGGGUGGGCGCUCAAUAAACGUCUGCCGUGAACAGUU